AUGAAAAAUUCAAUGCUUAUAAACGAUUCUAACAGUGCUAAUAGUGUUGAUCAAGAUGCUGAGCAAGAAGAGAAGCACUUUCGUAAAGUGCUCAAUACCUUUGCACUGUACAAAUCAUACGCACUAUCCGCGAAUAAUCGUCGUCGAACAGACUAUUAUGCCUUAUCGGAACGCCAUAGAGCAUUAAUACCAAGUUAUUUAGAAAUCUUGAAUAAGGAUAGCUUCCAUCCCAAUUUCCAAUAUGAGAAGGAUUCCUCCACACAUUCCCAAAUAACAGAAUUCGACAUGGAUAAAUUAAGAAGUACAAUCAAACAAUUUGUAAGAGAAUGGGCCGCGGAAGGUCAAGAAGAACGGGAUGCGGCCUAUAAACCCUUACUUGAGGCGUUAAUCGAAUUUUUUAAAGAUGUUCCAGUUGAAGAAAGGUCUUCAAUUCGUGUGUUAGUACCUGGUGCUGGACUAGGAAGAUUGGCUUUUGAUGUCGUAAAACAAGGCUUCAGUUGUCAAGGAAAUGAAUUUUCAUUUUACAUGAGAAUUCAUCAAUAUGAAAUAUACCCUUUUGUUCAUUCAUUCUCCAACAUCGUAUCAUCUGAAGAUCAAUUACGACCUAUAUACAUACCUGAUGUAUUACCAAGUAGUAUACCUUCUGGUGUAAGUUUUUCGAUGGUAGCGGGUGAUUUUGUUGAAGUUUAUGGUGAUGAACAGUACAACGUCAGCUUUACCGUAAUUAAUCUUAUUUAUUUACUGGCAAAUUUUAAUGUUAUCAAUAAUUCACCAACAGAUCAAUGGGAUUGUAUAGUGACUUGCUUCUUCAUCGAUACAGCAAAGAAUAUUUUAGAGUACAUUGAAAUAUUUCAUCGUAUUCUUAGACCCGGUGGUCUUUGGAUCAAUUUAGGCCCAUUGUUGUAUCACUACGAAAAUUCUCCUGAUGAAAUGUCAAUUGAACUAAGCUUGGAGCAGGUGAAAGCCGUAGUAAAAGAUUUCGGUUUCCAGCUCUUA